CGGAGAAAUGUUGUGCAUUCUUUGUUGAACAAAUUUACUCUCAUUUGGUUACUUUCCCUGGAUGGUUUUUGAUAUGUUUGUGUUUGACGGGACGGAAUGAGGCUCGCAGACCCUGUUCUGCUUUGUCUCACAAAACUUGUGCCAUCGCACUUGUGUAUGUACGAAGGAAAGAAGAAUCUCCUCUUUGUUUCUCCCCACUUUGCCUCGGAGCUGGGCUGCACCACGACGACGGGUUCAUCUUCAUACUUCAUAUUUGAAAUUUGUAGAUAUUUGAAAGUGAACGUGACCCGAAUCUCAUUGAAAAAUUUCACCCUCUUCGCUCUCUCUCCCUUUCAAUUUUCAUCCACGCUUGUCCUUCUUGGCUUGAGACUCUUGAACUUAUUUCAGGCGAAAGAUCUAAGGUUAGUUAAUCUUAAUCCGGACAACGACAUUGGGUCUAUUGCUCAAAAAAGUCAACGACAAGGAAGGAUUUUCUUUGGCCCACAACCACCCCCACCCUUCAUGCAAGGCUCUUUCCCUAUAAUUCCCCCGUACUACCACGUUCAACCACCAAACCCGGUGUGGUCUGUUUUAAAAGGGACGGGGUCCUUUCUCUUGGAGGUGUUGGACGUGAUAAGCUCAGCAGUAGGAGAAAUGAAUUUGAAUGGGGGACCUUCCUACGAUGGCGAGUAUGAUUAUCCAGGAUUUGGGGGUGGAGAUGAUAUGUCGUACGACGAUUCCUCCUAUGGCUUUGACGGUGAUUCAUCCUACGGAUCAGAUUCAGAUUAUCGAAAUCUCCCCAUGCCCCAAAUGCCCUAGUUGAUUCGAUCCCGGUUGAAUGCUAUUGCUAU